UCUCUUGAGCGAAGACGCUGUGUCCUCGUCCAUGUCGGCAGAUGGAGUUCUUACUGUCACUGUUCCAAAGAAGAAUUCCUUGACAAACAACAAGGAGGGCCAAACUAUCAAAAUCACUGCCUCGCACAAAAAGUCUGCAGAUGCUACAGAGACUCACACGAACAUCACCAACAACGUCGAAACGAAACAAGUUAGUGUCGAAGGAAAAACAUCAAGAUCGUCUGGAGUGAAAGUGCAAGAGGAUCAGACUCAGUCGACGGAGUCUCAGAACACGCAGGACUCGAGCGACUCGACGCAGGCCAACCCACUUGCUUCGUUUCCACCUUCUUCCCAUUCGGAAAGAGGGCCUUUCUUCCGCGAUUCCUUCUUCCAGGACACUCGAAAGCAAUUCCAAGAAGCCGUCGACCAAGUCCUCAAAGAGUGGGGACAAGUGGACUCUGCGAGCGACCACAUGAACAUGUACAGGAACUUGCGAAAGCAGAACUUGCAGGAAGAGAACCAAGCCGUCGCCUUCAGCGAGGACCACCAGUGUUAUAAGAUUGUGGUGGAUGUACAAGACUUCAAGGAAGGCGACGUCAAGGUCAAGGUGGUGGACGAGAAUGAGCUAACAAUCGAAGGCAAUUUGGAGAUCAAGCGAGACGAUUCCGUGUCCAGCAAGAGUUUCUUCCGCCGUUUCUGCUUCCAGGACUCGUGAGCGCCGACACCGUGACGUCCGGGAUGUCAUCUGACGGCAUCCUCACUGUUACUGUACCAAAGACAACAUCGGGAUCGAAGGCCAGUGCGGUUUCUGAAGCGUCAACAUCUCAGGUUUCCCAGACUUCAUCUCAAAACACAGA